AUGUGGGGAUUCUUGCAAGCCGUAUUACUUAUCGUUAACUCUCUGGCAAUCCUUAAUGAAGAGCGCUUUCUAGUUCCUUACGGCUGGGGUUUCCAGGAGAUGUCCAGUGGCAGAAUAUCCCCUUUGAAAGCGCAGAUUAUCGGACUACUUCAUGCAGUGCAAUACCUACGAGUGCCUUUGAUAGCCCUUUCCAGAGACAGGGAUACUCGCCUGAGUGCCCAGAGCAAUGUGUUUUUACAGCAGAAAGAAGACGUUGCUGCUGUAAGCCAAUUCGGCAACUGUGUAGUUACCACCAAUACUGACUAG